CGGCUGGUGGAGGCGCGGCCGGGGCGGCGGGCGUCCUCGGCUCGGCCCGGCUCCCGCCCGGGCGCGCGCGCAGCCCCCUCCGCGGCCCUUGCCGCCGCCCCACGCAGCCCGAGGGCCGCGCGGCCGCCGAGAGACCCGGGACGCCGUCGACCGCGCAGGAGGCGGCGGCGGGAGCGCAAGCUGCGGCCCGCGGCGGCGCGGCAGGAUUCACAGAUGGAUUCAGUGGAAAAGACAACAAAUAGAAACGAACAAAAAUCAAGUAGAAAGUUUCUAAAAAGCCUCAUCCGGAAACAACCCCAGGAGCUGCUCCUGGUCAUCGGGACUGGUGUCAGCGCAGCAGUGGCCCCAGGGAUCCCUGCCCUCUGUUCGUGGAGGAGCUGCAUUGAGGCCGUCAUCGAGGCUGCAGAGCAGCUGGAGGUGUUGCACCCGGGAGACAUUGCCGAGUUCCGGAGGAAAGUGACGAAGGACCGGGAUCUGCUGGUUGUGGCCCAUGAUCUGAUCCGAAAGAUGUCACCUCGCACAGGUGACACCAAGCCCAACUUCUUCCAGGACUGCCUGAUGGAGGUUUUUGAUAGCCUGGAACACCAUAUCCAGAACCCGGUGGUGCUACAGUCCAUCCUCAGCCUGAUGGAUAGGGGCACUAUGGUGUUGACCACUAACUAUGACAACUUGCUGGAGAUCUUUGGGCAGCAACAGAGCAAGCCCAUGGAGUCCCUGGACUUGAAGGACAAGACGAAGGUACUUCAGUGGGCGAGAGGCCACAUCAAGUAUGGAGUUCUUCAUAUUCAUGGCUUAUACACAGACCCUUGCGGGAUGGUGUUGGAUCCAUCAGGAUAUAAAGAUGUCACUCAAGACCCAGAAGUGAUGGAAGUUCUACAGAACCUGUACCGCACCAAGUCCUUUCUGUUCGUGGGCUGUGGCGAGACCCUGCGUGACCAGAUAUUCCAAGCUCUCUUCCUUUACUCGGUGCCGAAUAAGGUGGACUUGGAGCACUAUAUGGUGGUGCUCAAGGAGAAUGAAGACCAUUUCUUUAAGCAUCAGGCGGAUAUGCUUCUACAUGGAAUUAAAGUGGUAUCCUACGGGGACCGUUUUGACCAUUUCCCAGGAUACGUGCAAGACCUGGCCACUCAGAUCUGCAGACAGCGAAGUCCAGAUGCUGAGAGAGUGGACAGCACCACAUUACUGGGUAAUGCAUGUCAGGACUGUGCGAAGAGGAAGUUGGAAGAGAAUGGAAUUGAAGGCUCAAAAAGACUCAGACAGUCAGAUACCGAUGAUGCUGGAGGAUCUUGAAAUCUGUAAACCAGUUAAGAUCUACAACUUGAAAGCCAGCCUUCUGUAACCACAGUGCCAUGCCCAAGUGAUGAGGAACGUACAGAGGAUUCCACAUGGAUCUCCCUCCUCAAGUCACAUGCCCAAGAGCCACAUGGCUGGGUGACAGCUCCACUGGAUGUGCUCAGCUGCUUGGGAGUGACAUGGACACACUUCAGGUAUACUUCGUAAGGACUGAUGGACAGCUACCUCAGGGACCAAAUCAGUGGGAGGGAUGUCCCUGGUAUUCCCAAUUCCUAUUUGACAUGCUCUCUUGUGUCAAGGUGACAUUUUUCCAGUACAGGGGGAGAGUGAAGAUUGUUCAAGCAACAGUAGUUGCCAAAGAGAACAUAAGAGCUAGACCCUUAGUUUUAUCAUUUUAUGUGGAACAUCUUUACUGUAGAAAACAUUUUAAAGACAUAUUUGUUAUGUUGUUAAAUAGACGAUGAGUUGACACUCAAGGCACUGGACCCACUAGUGAAGAUGGCGUUUUUAAAUACGACCUGAUCGGUCAGGCUUCUUUGGAAUUGCAUCAUCUUGGUAACUUCUCUUCCAAAGAGAUGGCAGGCCUAACUCUUGCUAGGAAGUGUGAAGUCUGAAGAGCCAGAGGGUCUUUUCCAAAGCGGUGGUCAGUGCCGUGGGAUCGUCCACUGCGUGUUUGAUAGUUGAGAAAGUACAAGCGGGGCAGGAGACGGGGUCUGCACUUGUAGAUGGUCAGUUCCGAACUUUCAGGUCUUAAUUCUCUGGUGUCAGGGCCAACCUUUCUGUUGUCUCCUACAACUACCUUCCCACAGUUCACGGUAAGGGACGUGCAGCCAGGGGGGCCAAACCUUGUGAAAAGGCCCUGCACUUAACGCUUUCAGGGCUCAGCCAUGGCAACAGCAGUGGGCCCUGGGAGCACUCAGGGCACUGGUGGCACAGGCUCGUGGGGUGCAGUGAAGGCUUAAAACCAAGGCUUCUCUUUGAGAACGAGCCCUGCUGGGUUUUAGCUCAGGCUGCCCAUCUUUGAUGUGACAUUUCUUGCCAAGCCCGGUGAUACUCCCAUUGAUACAGGGAAACUGAAGCACAAGCAAUGUCAGGUUGGGAUGUACAGGGACUGGGAGAAGCCAGAGACCUGCUGGAGACUUUCCCCCUUCUGAAGCACGGACAACAAACCUGUGUCACUCUGCUCAUAAAUAAAAUUUAAC